UCCGCAACUUCUGCCACUGCCUCCCCUGCGCUCUCGUCCGAGUCGCGCACUGCUGCGGAGUGCGGGCGGCGGGCGGUGGUGUCGCCCGAGAGCCCGCGCGCUCCAGCCAUCCGUCGGGCGCUGGAGGCACUUCCUUCGGGGAGUCCUCGCGCUGCCCCGCUCCCGCCUCGGAGCCCCGGACUUGGCGGAGCCUCGAGGCUCUGCCGCGGCUCCCCGCAGCGCUCUGCGGGGGAUCGGGUGGGUUGAAUCGGAAGACAGAGAAGGGAAGCCCCCCUCGGCGGCCAGAACUGUGGGUAGGGGCGCGGGAGUGAUGGGCAAGUAGCUCAGAGACAGACAGAGAAAGAGCGAACGGUAGCGGUCCCCCGGACCUCUCCAGCCCUGUCCGUUCCUGGCUAGUGCCAGGCAAGGGACAAGCAAAAUGCCCCAUCUGCGCCUCGACGGCGCUGAGGAGGUGGCGAGCUCCACCUUGUUGCCGCAACUGCUAAACGAGGUGGCUAAUGCCACCGAAACCCCAGCUCCGACCUGGGACCCACCCACAGACAAUGCCUCGGGCUGCGGGGAGCAGAUCAACUACGGUAGAGUAGAGAAAGUUGUGAUCGGCUCCAUCCUGGCGCUGAUCACGCUGCUGACGAUCGCGGGCAACUGCCUGGUGGUGAUCUCGGUCUGCUUCGUAAAGAAGCUCCGCCAGCCCUCCAACUACCUGAUCGUGUCCCUGGCGAUGGCCGACCUCUCGGUGGCCGUGGCGGUCAUGCCCUUCGUCAGUGUCACCGACCUCAUUGGGGGCAAGUGGAUCUUCGGUCACUUCUUCUGCAACGUUUUCAUCGCCAUGGAUGUCAUGUGCUGCACGGCCUCGAUUAUGACCCUGUGUGUGAUCAGCAUCGACAGGUACCUUGGGAUCACCAGACCCCUGACCUACCCUGUGAGACAGAACGGAAAAUGCAUGGCGAAGAUGAUCAUCUCUGUCUGGCUGCUGUCGGCUUCCAUCACUCUGCCUCCUCUCUUCGGAUGGGCCCAGAAUGUCAAUGACAACAAGGUGUGUCUGAUCAGCCAGGAUUUCGGCUACACCAUCUACUCGACCGCGGUGGCGUUUUACAUCCCCAUGUCCGUGAUGCUCUUCAUGUAUUACCGCAUUUACAAGGCUGCCCGCAAGAGUGCCGCCAAGCACCGAUUCCCUGGCUUCCCCCGCCUGGAGGAGCCCGAGAGUGGUAUCUCCCUGCAGAGCCUUGGAAAGACGCAGAAGGAUGUGGAGGAGUGCGCCAACCUGUCCCGACUCCUCAAGCAUGAGCGGAGGAACAUCUCCAUCUUCAAGCGGGAGCAGAAAGCUGCGACUACCCUGGGAAUCAUCGUUGGAGCCUUCACGGUGUGCUGGCUGCCGUUCUUCCUCCUCUCAACGGCCAGGCCCUUCAUCUGUGGCACGGUCUGCAGCUGCAUCCCGCUGUGGGUGGAGAGGACAUUCCUGUGGCUGGGAUAUGCGAACUCUCUGAUUAAUCCCUUCAUCUAUGCCUUCUUCAACCGCGACCUGAGAACCACCUACAAGAGCCUGCUCCAGUGCCAGUACCGCAACAUCAACCGGAAGCUCUCCGCUGCAGACAAAACUCUGACUACUGUAGAAAAAAAAGUCAUGAUUCAUGGUCAAAAGCGGAAAAAUGGAAAAGAAACAAACAAAGCAACAAAGAGGUGGAAACAGAAAAAAAUCAUUUGCUGAGACUGCAGAGUGGAAUGCGACUUCUGUCCUUUCUUGGGAUGUCUUAAACAUGACAAGCAGGGUCAUCUGUUAUACAAAGUAUAUGAUGAGGGUGCUGGUGACCUCUCCUUUUUUCUGUGGAUCAGUGCUAUUGUGUGCUAAUGAAAAGAGUUUUCAGUUUGAGACCGUUGGAGACAGCCAGAUUGGCUCAGCAGUAAGCACACGAAUAGAACUGAGUUCCAGAAAGGGAACAGUUUCUGGUGCUUUAUGUAUGUCUAAGUCCAUGGAAGUGGAAGAAAGUGCCAAUGUACACUUCCCAUGCCUCUAAGUCUAGGCGUUGUGGUGACUAUUUCGGAAUCUGUCAUGAGAUAGAAUGCAUUUCAUUGUAGGACAGAAGGGUGUUUCCCAAGUAAAACGCAGUAAGAAAAGUGUUGAAUAUGUUGCAUGUCCUUGUUAGAAAACAGUCUUGUCAACUAAUACAAAUGAUUUCCCUGAGCAGUGUCUGUUUAAAGCUUCUGUCAAUAGUUUGGCUUUUUGCUGGGUGUCUGUGACUUCCCCACCAACAUAUUUUCUUUGUUAACUCACUUAUUGUUAUGGUAAACUCAGGAACAGAUCUCAGGAUGGAGAGUCUUAAGACCCAUAAGACCGGAACAAAGCAUUUUCUUGGCUCUUACUUCCUUUGAGGGGUCCUGAGAGGUGAGGGGGAUUCCUUUUGUGAGAAUUGUGAUAAAACUCAGGAAUAGAUCUCAGGAUGGAGAGUCAUGAGACCCAUAGACCAAACUAAAGCUUUUUCUUGUGCUCUCACUUCUUUUGAGGGGUCCUGAGAGGCGAGGGGAUUCUUCUUGUGAGGAUUGUGGUAAAACUCAGGAACAGAUCUCAGGAUAAAGAGAGUCAUAAGACCCAUAAGACCCAACUAAAGCUUUUUCUUGUGCUCUCACUGAUUCUUUUGAGGGGUCCUGAGAGGUGAGGGGGAUUCCUUUGGUGAGGAUUGUUACCUGAAUGGAGGGUGAGUGCUCACUAAUCACACUGUAUAUUAACAUGGUUUUUGGCACAGAGCUUUUGACUGUCGUAUUUAUCCAAGGUGCAAGGGACCCGCGGGCUUUUCCAUAACUGUUUCUUUGUGGGGAAUGUAUGCUAAUGGGGCUCCUUGAAUGGUUAUAAUGCUUGUGAGCUGGAAUCAUCAACAUGAUAAUUCUUAUUGUGCAGUAUUGUAUUAAACUGAAUUGUGUGCUACAAAAGGUCGUCUGGACCUCUAUUGAGAAUACCAUUUUGUUUCAUGUAGAAGAUUUGUGUUUUGUGUUCUCUGUAUCUUAAAUCAAAUGUGUGCCUGGCCAGUUCAGAUUGUUUCCUUUCUCUCUCCCCAAAGUGGUAGACAUUAAGGGCAAAUGAGAAAGUGGAAGAUGUUCCUUUACUGAACUUAGUAAAAGAAAUGUGGUACCCUGUAAUAGGAGCUGGGGAGUAGAGAGAUCAGGAAAAAAGAGUGCCUCUAAGGGGAAAAAUGAAUGAAACACUUCAUUUGAUAGAAGAGAAUGGAAAGAGAAUAUUAUUUUCCUACAAUAAAUGUAGCUAUGCUCUCAUAUGAUAAUGUGGAAUUCCAACGUGGAUCGUGGAUUCUUUCAACUUUCACUGACAUUGCUUAUUACCCGACAGAGGGAGUGGUGGGCCUUCCUGAAAGGGGAGGUGGACAUUGCUCUUUCAGAUUAAGCCUGUACAAAUUCCUGAAUUGCAGAAUUGCUAAUGUGACUGUUUAUGCUUAUAUGAAUAACUUAAAUAAUAAAUUAUCGUCAGAUAAAUGUUGUUAAACUUGAAAAUGUUUUAUUAUAUUACAUCAAAUAAAGUUAUUUGUAGCCGUAAUAAAUUA